UAGUAUUCUGCCUGUUUGCGGCUUGCCUUGUUGUUGUUUUUUUGCUUUGGCUGUUUCGAUUUUACCAACAGUAAUUGAUUUUGAAAUUUAGAGUGCUUUGAGAUCCGGGCUUUAAUUUGACCACUGACAGUGAGUGCCAAACUCCCUGCUGAACAUCGAAGAAUGGUUUUCACACUGGACUAAGUGAUAAGUGUCAUAAGUCACUCAAGUUUCACAACAGUUUGUGCGAGCCACGAAACAUGCGCUCCCUUCCAGCAGCAUCCAUUGCGCACUUGCGAAAUGCUCUGCACAGCGGCUCUAAAACCCCCGAAGAAAUCCUCUCCGUGCAUCAGACAGCAUGGGAGAAGUCUGCGGCACUGAAUGCAUUUGUAACCAGCCUAUUUCAGCACGGAUCAGCCUCUGCAUCACAAUCUCAGCAGCAACAGCCGCUGCAAGGGAUUCCCUUUGCUGUCAAAGACAACUUCUGUAUUAAGGGUAUUCCCACAACAUGCGCAUCCAAAAUGCUGCAGCCCUUCGUUCCGGCCUACGAUGCGACGGUGGUGAAGCGACUGCGGGAUGCCGGAGCGGUGCUGGUAGGAAAGACGAACAUGGAUGAAUUUGCCAUGGGCUCCGGAUCAGUGGACUCGGUUGUCGGACCAGUCAAGAAUCCCUGGAAUCCUCUGCACAUAGCAGGCGGGAGUUCAGGAGGGAGCGCCGUGGCCGUCGCUUCCGGUGCGGCGCAUUUCGCCCUAGGCUCCGAUACCGGUGGCUCGGUGCGGAAUCCUGCCGGACACUGCGGCAUUGUCGGAUUUAAACCAUCAUACGGAUCGGUUUCGCGUCAUGGCCUCAUCCCUCUCCUGAACUCUACGGAUGUACCUUCCAUUUUUGCCCGCUUGGUGGAGGAUGUGCGGACAGUGUUUCGCGUGAUCGCUGGAUGCGACAUCAAAGACUCUACCACAUUCAGGAAGACGCUUCCGGAGGAGAAAGCGGACGUUAAGCGAUUGCGGAUUGGUGUUGCCAAGGAAUACAAUGUCCCCGAGCUCAGUGACGACAUGCGAGAGUGUUGGAUGCGCGUGGCUGAUGCACUGGAAGAACAGGGAGCGGACGUUAGGAGUGUCUCGCUGCCGCAUUCGGAAUACGCGAAUGCGUGUUACACGGUUUUGAACACAUGUGAUGUCGCAUCGAAUAUGGCCCGUUACGACGGAAUCGAAUUCGGCUACCGGAGCAACACCGACCGUUCGAGUACAAACGCCCUGUACGCUGCCACCCGCCACGAAGCCUUCAACGAGGUCGUCCGCGGUCGGAUCCUGGCGGGAAACUUUUUUCUCCUUAAACGCAACUUUCAGAAUUAUUUUGUACGGGCGGCGCAAGUACGCCGGUUGAUUGCCGAAGAUUUUCAGAAAGCCUUCGACAGUGUGGAUGUGAUAUUGACCCCGGUGACGCUAACCGACGCACCGAGUUUUCCGGAUUUCACAGCCAUUGAUAAUCGGACGCAGCAAGAAGUGCAAGAUUUGUUCACCGUGGGAGCCUCGUUGGCGGGGCUCCCGGCUGUGAGUGUACCGGUUAGCUGGUCGGCCAGGGGGUUGCCUAUGGGAAUGCAGUUGAUUGCGCCGUUUUGGCGGGACUAUUUUCUACUUGAUGUUGCUGAAAUACUGCAGCAUUUGGUAAAUUUUUACCAUGUGGAGAAAUAAGAAAGUUUGUGAGUGUGGUGCGCAUCUGUUGUACGUAAGUACAAAAAACCGAUACAUACGUCCGUCCAAUCACAGCUGCCGUCCAUUGUUCUCGGCUGUUUGUGUGCACUGCAAUAUAAGUCAGUUCACGUACACACGCUCAAGCAUGCAGCAUGCUUCAUCAUUCUGUCGAUCAGACGCUGACCAUAGGGCUUACGUACCAUGGUGAUAGACGCCAGAUUCGCCACUUUUCCAGCUCGCAAGCAGCUGCUCUGUUGUUUUUUGUUUAGCAUUUAACGGUUCCCUUUUAAUUACGCUUCUUGUUUCCAACCGUAUCAUCAGACAUCCACAGCUACCGUUCGUGGCAGCCGUUACCGACGUAGUAUUCCUCACUGUACUUAGCUAAAUCGUGCGACCAUGUCGAUUCCCGUGUAUUCGAAAAGCAGGUCAGGUGGCGACGUGCUGAUUCUCGACGGCUAUGAAUAUUUGCGGAACGCUACGAUCGGUGCCAACCGGUGGCGUUGCCGAAAGGCUGCGGUAUGUUACGGCGCGCUGGAGAUGGGCGAGGAGGAGGCCAGACUGCUCAGGCCUCACCGUUGCGAUCCCGCAGCUACAGACUCACGCCAUGAGCAGCAGGAGCCAGCAGCGGCGUCCCCGCCGUUAGCCGCAGUGACGGAGAGGCUACAGAUGCCUGGAAAGGGUCAGGCUGUAAAUCCCGCGGAAAGUGAGGAUGGAGAAUGGGAGUAUCCGGAGCCAGAACCGAGCCAACCGGCCACCGGUUUGGCGCGCACCAGCAAAUCAGCGUCAGAUACGAGUAUCUUUCAAUUGGCUACGGCUGCCAUGAGCGCACCGGUGCAGGGAAAUGCAACGAAAAGGGCCAGAAUUGCGCUGGUUCCUCGUGCUCCAAGGGCACCAGCAUCGCGCCGAAUUCGCAAGCGGCUACCUUCACGUCGUGCUGCUUCUGUGCUUACUUCUCCGGCGAUUCCGGCUCUGUCGAUGGAAAGCAACGUUGUAGCGCUGCCGGCUCCAGUGGGAAACAAUGUGGUCGCGGAGACCGUUGGGGCUAAUGCGGCCGUAAAAUUUGGACAAUACAUAACUGCCAUGUUGGAGGUUCUCCGCCCCGAACAGAUGCGGCAUUUUAUGGCGGCCAUUCAAAAGUUGGUUGCCGAAUUACAUCUGAAGGCGGCUGACAGUGAAUUGGACUGACUGCGGUUCCGACGUGGAGAUGAUUUUACUCGGGCACAGCGCCCGUUGCCAUUGUUUUGGACAGGUGGUUCGUGUUGGUAAAGAAGAAGGCAUUGUGUACAAAUCUCAUCACUUCCAGUUCCAUGGUUGAAUGAUUUGCUCAGUUCGAAGUUGCAAAGCAGUGCCUUUGUUUUUGCUUCAAGUGGCCGUAAUGAUUCACGGACCUAUGCAUUCGGCGUUUUCCUCUUGUUGUUUAUGUUACCUUUAUUCGGGCAAUCGCCAGUACAGAUAGAGUUACAGUUAUACCUAUGCAGAUCCGUUUUGUUUUAAUGUCUUAAGAGAAACAUGUUUUGCAUUAAAAGUU